UUAAGUGAAAGUGAAAGUAUGAAAGUGGGGCAGCUGUAUGUGCGGGAGGAGCAAACAGAAACUGAGCCCUGCUGCUUUCUUGCCUAUUCCUCGACAAAUUUUCUCUGUAAACUGAGAAAAGAUAAAAAAAAAAAGAUUGUUUUUCACUUUCAGUCUUCUCGGAGGGAAGAGCAAAACUAUUCUUUCCGACCCCUGCUCCCUCCUCUCAGCAACAAUGCCGGACACGAAUCUGUGCUUGGAGGCCUUGUCGGCUCUCUCUGGCUGCAACGUCGAGUCGACCAGCGGACCCUCCCAGCUCACCCCGCAGGACUUCGUCAACAUCGUGGCCCUCAAGGAGUUUUACAAGCAGGAGGGGUUUAAGGAGCUGGAGUACCCCAGUUUAGGCACUCUGUCCCUGCAGGAAGUGGACGAUGUGGACCUUUACAGCUCCCCCCUGGCUCUGACUGAGGGCCCCGGGCCGGAGGAGAGCCUCAGGACCACGGUUAAGAUCAACCCUCAGGACUUCUUCCAUCCUCAGUACGACUACGACUUCACCAACGUACAGGAUGGCAACAAAACGUUCCUGCGUGGUAAUGAGGCCUACGUGCGCCCCUGUGGGUGGAACCGUGCAGCCCUCCGAGUCGUGCAGAAGUACGAUGAUGGGGACUCCUGGCUCGGGACGGGUAAGGAUGCCUGGCCUGUCUCCUACCAUGGACAAAACAUGGACGGCUCCCACGGCAUCAUCCUGACCCACGGUGGGUCCCCCAACGAUGAGCCCCGGUUUCUUGAUGCCGCCGCCGCAAGUCUAACCACCAGGGAGACGAAGGGUAGAGGGGUGUACUCAACACCUGACGUCAAGAUGGCGGAGAAGUACUGCAAAAGGUUCAAGUCCAAAGUGGACGAGAAGACGUACAAAGUGAUUCUUCAGAACCGCAUCAAACCGGAGAAGAGGACAAAGUGCCAGAGGGAAGACAUGUGGUUGGUCUACGUCCCUGAAGGCCGCAAUGACGUCCAGACGAGGGUCAUUGUACAGGAAUCCAUUCGUCCAUACGGGCUGCUGCUGAAGCAGGUGUGAGCCAAACUCAUAAAACCAUCUCAACUUCAGGGAAAGAAUUCAAUGGGGUGUUUUCUUGAUUAUCAACACAAAAAAAAAUGCACAAAAUGUUUGAUCAAGUAAACGCUUGAAGUAAUUCAAAAUUGUGUUUCAGGGUUUCUAUAUGCCUGUUGGGGGCUGUAGGGAUAAACCAGGCUUUACUGUGAGACCUUUAUUCUUACAUUUUUAUCAGAUAUAAAGCUGAUUUUCUCCUCAAAUAGCAACCAUAUCCUACUUUAAUAACAUACUGUAGACUUUCUAAUGAUCUACUAUACCUUCAGUGAGUUUAAUGUUUUAUCAAUCUCUGUAGAAAUUUGUUUAACUUUGGGGAUUUUUCUGACGCACAGAGAUAUUGAGAUUGAUGGAUGUAACCAGUAAAAAGAAAACAAACACAUAUCUGUGCUUUCGUCUGUCAACAUUGAACAUGCAACAGUGGACAAACCCAACGCUGUGUUCGAAUGUAAGAAGAGAUUGUGGCUACAACAAAGCAAGAUGCGGCUGUGAGGCUGAUUUAUGCUGCCAUCUAGUGGUGCAUAUAGUGAUGUUUUACAUGUUCUACACAAUGAGAGAGCAAUCAUCAAAGUGGUGAGAUUGAACUAGUCUAGUUUUCUUUGCUUUAAUCAAUAAGGGCAUCUUUGCAGAUUUUUCUUGGUGCUGGGCUUUUAUGUUGCACAAACUGACCAUCCUUGAACUGGACUGAUGAUAAAUACCAGUUGAACUUAUGAAAUGUCAAACAAAAAGUAGGCUUAUUAUGCUAGCAUCUGAAGGAAAGGCUUGGUUAUUUACGCACUUUCAUAAACAGCGAGUGAGUGAUUCGAUUUCAUUGUUACAUGUGAUUGAAAAUAUUAUGAGGUAUGAUAAUGCAGUUGUUUCUUUGUCUCUUACACUUUGUCCCUUAAUCUCCUGUUUUUGUUUUCAUCAACCAGUAAGACUGCAAAUUCUUAGUGGGAACAAUAUCAUACAUGUUUUGCACUGUCUGACUGUGUCAAUAAAAGCUGCUCACAUA